AUGCUGGUGUUACUGAUCAACGCAUUUCUGGCAAUUACGUUCGACCUUAGAUGAGGGUCUCAAUGGGGUGGUGGCUUUUACGGUUAUCGGCUAAAAUUUUGGCUCUUUUACGGCUAUCGGUUAAUUUUUUUCAGUUACGGUUAACGAGUUAAAAAUUAACUUCUUUUGUUUCAAAAAGUUAAAUAUUAAUUAACCUGUAUUUUUUGUAUCUUUAAAUCAAAAUAAAGGUCUUGAGAUCAUCUCGGGAUGAAAUAAGCUAUUCUUUUCAAAAAUUUCAACAUUUGAUAGAUAUUAUUUUACACAUAGAAAUGUCAAUAGUCAAUUUAAAAAUAAUCUUUGUGAAAAAGCAAAAGCAGACACGCGAACGUCCAACUGAAGGCCGGGGCGCGACAUUCAUUAUAACAGAAAUGGCCGUUUUCACACUAGAGAAGGAUUAUUCGUGUGAGACGAGUUAUCCGUUUGAUGAUUCGAGUCAGAUAGGUGAUACGUCUUAAUUUGGCAAUAGAAUAGUUUUAAUUUUGAAUGAACAAUCCGCCUGACUUUUGAAGACAGGAUUAUCCGUUCCAGAUAGCCUGUGUACAGCCGCGCCCUCCCCUCAGAAAAAAAUCGGAGAAGGGAUGUCUGUGGGGAGGGCGCGACUGUGCACAGUCUAGUCUUAAACGGAUGAUCCAUUUCUAGGACUAGUGUGAAAACGGCCAAUAACAAAAUUCCCGUGUCCAGUGUUUUUAAUGAUAGCGAAGGACUGUACGGAACGACUGUCUGCCGUUGCCUUGUCCGUAGGCCGCAUUAUUCCGAGCGGCUGAUGCCUUUCUGGUCACGUGGUCCGAGCGAGUUCGCCACUAAAAUGCCUUGACCGAGAUUGCAUGGGAAGACGCCGAACAGGGACUAGGCAUGGCGAUGUCUACCGUAGCGUCCGAGAAAGACAGGGAAAUGUUGUUUAUCGGCAACGUGUUUUACAAACAGUGACUUCUCUGCGUGUUGUUUCACUAGUGUUUCGAGGGCACGGCUUCCUGAAAAAUGCAAAUAUUAAUCCCCAGCAAGAAGCCACACUUUCGCUAUGGAAAAAAUUAGUUCCCCAAGAAAGCGCCGGAAAUGGAGCCUAGGUCUUGGUUAACACCUAAAAGGCGCUUCGCCUAACGUGCGUACGGAGUCACACUAGCCGGGAAAUAAAAAUGAGUUUAGUACCUUCCUUAAAAGAAGCAAAUCUAGGGAACACUUUCUUUUACGGUUAACUCUUUUUUACGCUAUUUACGGCUAACGGUUAAAAUUUUUUUUAUUUUUACGGCUAUCGGCUAAAUUUUUGGCCGUUUUACGCCUAUCGUUUAACCCCAUUGAGACCCUCUUAGAUAUUACACCUGGAAGACAAAUGAUAAGGCCAUUGCGAUAGUGGCUGUCGAGUGGUUGUCCUGUGUUGUCCUUUCAUCGCUUUUCUGUCUUCAAGUUUUUUAUAUCGAUCUCGGUAAUGCUCCUGUGACUUUAUAUCACCACGUUUAUGUAGCCAAGAAUCUUACUUUUGUGAGAACAAUUAUGUUUGUGUUUACCGUCUCUACAAUUGUAUUUGGCGUCUUGGUGUUGUGGUGGUCAGUGCGAAGAAGG